GUUUCCACAGCAACCACUGCCGGAGCCUGCAGCUUUUGCUCAGCUCCAGGGAGACAGAGCCGCGAAUCCCGAUCAGCGACCAGCGGGGGCACCGGGCCUUGAACCCCCCGCCGCGAUCCCCACCCUCCGAGCCUGUGACACCCUCCAUCCCACUAUUCUCAGGCUUGUGGCCCCUAGGACCCCAGACCUGUGACAUCCUCUAUCCACCGGGCCUGAGACCCCACUACCACCGGCAACUGCUAGCCAUGCCCUCUGUGUUGCAUUAGGAGUUUCUGUACAGAGGUUAGAAAGCCCAGCAUGCGUUUGAGUUAGACUCCGGCUUUGAGCGAUGAGUGAGUGGGCUGACAAGAAGCCAGGACUGAGGCUGGAGGCUGCGAUCCAGAAACUAGAGGACACGGUCCUGAGCCCAGAAGCCAGCAAGGAGGACAAGACACUGACUGUGCGAGGAGCGGGGGACCGAGCCACGCCCACCCCAGUUCCAGCCAGGAUUCGGCAGAUCAUCACUGAGAGUCUGGCAGAAGAGUCAUCCCAAGCUCUGUGGGAAACAACGUCUCCACUCAAUAUGCAAGAAGAAAAUCGUAUGCUGCAGAAGGAGCUCUCACGCCUUGAGGACCUGCUGGCACACACCCGGGCAGAGAAGGAUGAGCUGGCGAGCAAGCACCAUGCCAUCAGUGAGAGGCUGGAUAAGGCACUGCGGGUGGAAGCAGCCCAGCGGGAGGCGGAUGGCAGCCUGGGGCUCAUGGAAAUGAGGCAGCGGUUCGAGAAUGACGAGAAGGCGUAUAAGUGCAAGCUGCAGGCCUGUCAGGAGGGGCAGCAGCGCCAGGCUCAGCUGGUCCAGAGGCUCCAGAACAAGCUGCAGACUCGUCUGGAGUCCACAGAAUCCCACCUGUGCUGCUCAGAGCAUGACCACAGCACAGAACUGGAGAAUACUCUUACCCGCCUGGAAGAGGAGCAGCAGAGGAGCACCAGCCUUUCCCAGAUGAACAUGCUGCUGCGGGAACAGCUGGACCAGAUGAAAUGCUCCAAUCAGAGACUGGCGAGGGAGCUGGAGAGGGCAACAUCAGACCUGCACAGGCUGAGAGGCGAGCUAGAGCAGAGAGCAUCCAAGUGGGGCAAAGGCAGGGAGAGCUCUGGCUUGUACUUAAGCAAUGAGCACAGCGGGAUCCUGCUGCUAUGGCGCCAAGCUGCCAUGCUGCGCAGUAACUUGGCGGAGCUGCGUGCCACAGCAGAGCGAGGCCUGGCUGAGGCCCAGACAGACAUGGCAAGGACUGCACGCCGCCUUCAGACUGCCUGCCUGAACUUGGACUCGAACCUGCGUCUGUCUGAGAGUGGUGCAGCCUGCUUGCUGGAGAAGCAGGCUCUCCAGGGGGCACGCUUGGAGCAGCAGCUUCAGGAGAAGGUCCGGGACAUGAUUCAGCUCCAGAGCCGCUGGGAUGGAGAGAAAGUAGAGCUGAACUCGAGGAUAACAGAACUGACCGCUUUAGGACAGAAACUUAAAGAACAGAAUGCAAAGAAAGAGAAGACCAUCUCUGCUCUAAAACUGGACGUUCAGAAACUGGAAGUCACUAAAACUGGAGAGCUACUGGAGGUGCAGGACCUGAAAGAUGAAAGUGAAUCUUUGCAGAAAAUCGUGAACAGCAUCACACAGCUGGCUCUGGCCGAUGCUGAGAGUGCAGGGCCCCUCUCACUGGACAGCAUGAGGGCGACAGGUGCAGAAGACCCUGGCAGACAAAUCUCCCCUUUGCGCUCUAGCUCUUCACAUCACCGGCGGGUGUCACCGUCCCGUGCCCACUCCCCAUUGCUCCAGGAUGCCGUGCUGCAAGCCGUGCAGGGUGCCCUCCGGAGGCGACAGCAGCAUGAGCAGGAAUUGCAAUUUCAGCUGGAGUCUGCCCAGGACAUGCUGGGGGUGGUCAGGAAGCAGCUGUCCGAUUGCCAGCAGGAGGUGCAGGUGGCAGAGCAGCAGCUGCAGGAGCAGAGGCUGGAGCGUGAGGAGCUGGCCAGAGCCCUGCAGGAUUGCAGGCAGGAUUUGCAGCACUGUAAAUCCUCAGUGGAGAUUCUCAGCAGGGAGAAGGAGACCACAGAGGCUGCAGUGGGAAGUCUGAGCGAGCAGGUGGACUCCUCCCAUCUGGAGGUGGAAAGGCUGAGGAGACUCACCACAGAGCUGCAGAGGCAGCAAAGCCUCCUGGGGGAGCAGAAGGAGGAGCUGGCAAAGGAGCGGGAGAGAGUGAGGAAAGAGCUGGAGCAAGGGCAGAGGACCCUGGAACAGUUAGAAGAGAAGACCUCAGCUUUGAAGAAGGAGCUGGUGGUAGUAAAGGAGUCCUUGAACCAAGCCAUUCUGGAGAAGGACGUGCUGGAGAAUGAGAAGGAAGGUGUAAGCUGUGCUCUGUCUAAAGCCAAGGCCAACAGUGCUGAGCUAGAACUAGCCAUAAACAAGCUGAGAUCGGAAGACUCCAAGCUGAGAGACUCACUGGCCAAGAUGGGGGCUCUGACUGAAGGUCUUGCCCAGGACAAGGUCAACCUCAACUGCCUUCUCCUGCAGCUGGAGGAGGAGAAGAGCUCGCUGCUGGAGCAGAGGCAGGAACUGGAGCAGGAGCGAGCUGGCUUGCGAGAGCAAUUGGUGCACCUGGAGCAAGAGGUGGCAUGGACAAGCACGACCAAGCGGGAGCUGGAGAAGAGCUGCCAGAUGGCAGAGGAGAGGCGAGAGGCACUGGGGGAAGAGAUGAGGUUGCUGCUCAGGGAAAAAGCUCAGCUGUGGGAUCACCUGAUGCAGGUGAGCAGCCAGAAGCACACUCUGAGUGAGCAGCUGGCGCACAGCCACCAGGAGCUGGAGAUUCAGGCCGAUGCCCUGCUCCGCACUACCCAGGAGAAGGAGGAGCUUGCUAAGGAGAAGGCGCGGCUGGCUGUGGAGUUCAAUGCACUGGAGAGACAGAGGAAGGGCCUGCUGGAAGAGACGGACAUGCUCAGAGCUGAGAAGAACUCACUGGAGAUCAGCCUUUUUGAGAUUCAGGAGCUAGCAGCACAGCUGGAAGUCCAGAAGGAACAGCUGGAAGGGGAGAAUCAGAGCCUUGACCAGACAAACCAGGUGCUUCAAGUGGAGGUGGAGAAGGCCCAGCAGGAGCUGGAGCUGCAGGACACCACCCGGAGGCAGGAUAUAGAGUCACUGAAGCAGCAGCUUGUGCAGAUGGAACAAGAAACUCAGCUGUCUCUGAAGAACCAGAAGAAGGCCCAUGAGGAAGACCUGGCACAGCUGAAACAGGAGAAGGAGAGCUUAUAUCUGGCACUGAAGGAGGAGAAGGAAGAGGCUGUGCACCAGCUGCAGCAGGAGAAGGAGGAGCUGCUGUCCAAAUGUGAGGCUGAGAAAGAGGAGCUGGCUGAGGAAGUACUGAGUUUGCAGCAGGAGCGGGAUGAAAGCCUUCUCCUGUUGGAGAAUGACAAGCAGACGGCGCUGUCCCUGAAGGAAACAGAGAAGAGUCUACUGUCAGAGAAGCUCAGUGAGGCCCAGCGGGAGCUUAUGAAUGCCAGGAUGGAUAUUGACCGGGUGAAGCUGGAGGCUCUGAACCGCCAGGAGCAGGAUAAGAACACAGUCACCAGUAUCACCGGAGAGCUGCACACCUUCCAGGCUCAGUUUGAAGACGCGGUGGCUGCCCAUCAGAGAGAGGCCAAGAGCUUGAAUGAGCACAUAAAGGAGCUGGCAAGAGAGAGAGACUCUGCAGGGAGGGAGGCAGAACAGUUAAGGACACAGCUGCGGCUUGCAGAGAAUGCCCGCGAUGGGGCGCAUAAGGACCUGAUCGAGUUGCACCGCAGGUUGCAGGAUGGUGAGGAGGCCCAAGAGCUCCAGUGCAAGGAGAUGUUGGAAACCCGCAGGGCUUUGGGGGAUGAGACCAGGGAGAAGGAAAUAAUGCAGAAAUCCAAUACUGAGCUGCGGGCCGCUAUCAAGAAGACGGAGAGCGAAAGGAUCAGCUUGAAGAGAGGCCUAGAGGAGAAGGAGCAGAAAAUCACCAUGCUGGAGGAAGCCAAGGCUGCAGCUCAGAAAGAGGCAGGAGAGCUGAGGGCAAGCCUGCGGGAGGUGGAGAAGUCUCGGAUGGAGGCCCGCCGGGAGCUGCAGGAACUGCGCAGACAGGUGAAGACGCUGGGGGGAGAAAACAGCAAGAAGGGCAAAGAGGUGAGCGAGUUGCAGGCCUGUCUCCUGCAGCAGGAGCAGCGCGAGCAGCAGUGCCACAGGCAGUCCCUGGAGCUGAAGCAGAGGAUCGCGGAGAUGGAGGGCGGCCAGAAAUGUGUUCGCAAAGAGGUACUGAGCCUGCAGAGGAAGCUGGUGGAGGUGGAGUGGGAAGCCAGAGCCAGAGAAAAGGGGCUGGUCGACAGCCUGGGCGAGAGUCACAGCAAGGAGAAGAAGCUCCAGAAUGAGCUCCACAACAUGGAGCUGAAGCUGCAGCAGGCCGGCAGGGCCAGCAAAGGCCUCCAGCUGCGCCUCAGCACCACCGAGGGGCGCCUCCACGGCCUAGAGACAGAGCUGGCCAAGAUGGAGGCUGCCAAGAGGGAGGUGGAGUCGAAACUGGGGGUGCUGCACUCUGCCGUGAGCCGGACACUAGGGCUGGGCGGGCAGAGCCCCUUGCCACAGAGACCCUGCUCCCCUAGCAAAGGAACUGACAGGCAACGGACUCCAGCCUCCUGCACAGGCUCUCCAGAGAGGAGCCGUUCCCGCUCCCCCUUUGGUUGGGCUUCCCCUCUCCAAGGGGAGCACAGUGCCAGCGAGCCUGACCUGGAUGGAGUCCGAGAAGCCUUGAGAGACUUCCUGCAGGAGCUGCGAGACACUCAGAGAGAGAGGGAUGAUUUAAGGACCCAGGUGAUGAAUCUGAACCGUCAGCUGAAUGAAAUGGCGAGUGACCGGGACCAGACCAGCAAUCACAUCCUGCAGCUGCAAAAGUUGCUGGCAGACUCUGAGGAAGGCAAGCGAGGCAUGGACGGGUGCCUGAGCAGUACGCAGAUGGCCCUGGCGCUUCAGGAAGAGACCAUUCGGAGAAUGGAGAGGGAGCACCACGAGUUGGCAGAGCAGAUCGCUACCCUGGAGUGCAGCAUGCAUGCCAGGCAGGAGAGGAACAGGGAGCUGCAGGAGAAGGUCACUAGGCUGAAAGCCAAGGAUAUCAAGCUGGAGACGGACAAGCGGAGGCUGAAGGAAGUCCUGGAGGCAGCCGAGAACAGGGCCACCAAGCUGGAGCUGAGCCGUUGCUCCAUGGAAGGGGAACUUCAGCAUGUCCAGCUCAGCCUGGUGGACCGAGAUACCAAGAUCCAGGCCCUGCAGGAGCAGGUCCAGGCCCUGCGCUGCCAGUUGGGGGACAGUGAGAGCAAAUCAGCCAAGCUGCAGCUGGAGCUGGGCCACUUGGGUCACUCCCUGACCCAGAAAGAGGAUGAGGAGAGCCACCUGAAGGUCAAGGUACGGAGCCUUUCCCAGGCACUGACUGAUGCCUCCAUGGGGUCCUCCACCCUUCAGGAGAACAUCUGCCAGCUGCAGAAGGCUCUGACAGCAGCGGAGCAAGACCGCCGGGUGCUCCAGGAGCGCUUGGACUCUGUGCGGCAGGCACUGUCAGACAGCAAGAGGCAGAACCACGGCCUGACAGACACCAUGCACAUGCUGCAGGACCAGCUGGGAGAGCUGGAGCUGAGGUGCAGGGAACUGGAGGCUCAGGUCAAGCACCUGCAGGAGAUAGUCCAUCGUCAGCAGCAGAGUGAGCAGGAGGCUAUAGCAUCGCUGCACAACAUGCAGGAUGAGAACAACAUUCUCCAGGAGAGACUGCUGACACUGCAGAGAACUGUAGCCCACCUAGAAGGGGAGAACAAGGAGCUGGAGCAAUCAGUCUUUGAGCUGAAGCAGGACAAUUCUGCCCUGAAGAAGACCCUCAGCAAGGUACUGUAGGGAAAGUUGUGAAGACACCAACGGAUGUUAAAUUGGACACAUGCAAUGACGCACAAGAAUGCAAACAGGCACAACCUGUCUCAGGCCUGGAGCUGUGUAUUCCAUCUGCAGACACUCGUGCACAGCCUGCAUGAUACUAGCAAUGUCCAGGGUUGGAUCCUCAGUGGAGAAAUCAGUGAGACCCCCAAAGAGGUCAGUGGAGCUCAGCUGAUUGACCUCAUCUGGGGAUCUGGCCCAUUCAUAGGGAUCUAUGAAAAGAAAUACAAGCAGCAAAGUCAGUGAAGGUCUGUAGGAGGCAGGUGGGUCAAAAGCUCCACCCCUCCCCCUCCUGCUGCUCCCCACCUUCCUCCUCCCCAGUAGUACAACACUGUUCAGUUCUUCUCUCAUCCCCCAUCUGCCAGCUACCAUGCACCAGACCCUCCCAAAGUACCUUCCUCUUAGACCUGGAGUCCUGGCUCUCUUCUGAAUCCCUGACCUUGUCCUCAGUGACUCCAGCUUCCACUCUGGUGUCCCCUCCCACUCGCUAACCCCCCGCCUCCUCGAGCCCUUGCUCAGCUAAAGGGCUACUUGCUCCACCUUGCUCUCCCUGUAGUAUUGCUCCAUCUCUGACCUUGCACCUUCCAUGGCCCCUCUCUUCAACCACUGCCUCAUUGCUCUGGUGCCCCCAGCACCCACCCCUUCACCCGGCGUUGUUAUGAGCUGCAUCCCAUCCAUGUCCAUGACCUUUCUACUGCUCUCAGUCCCCUGCUCCAGAGCCCCUUCCUUUUUCUGACUCACUUGUUGAUUCCCUCCCUUCCAGACUGGACUCCUGGGCUCCUCUCUCCAUCUGCAAAGUUGCUUCCUCCAGCCCCAAACCCUGGCUUUCCCCAUCAUCUGCAUCAUUCACUCCUGUCCCCUGGGGUAUUCCUCAUCAUUUGUCUACACAGCACACGAGGCCCUGAGCUUGGCCAGGACCUCUGGGCACUACUGGAGUAUAAAUGGUCAGUAAAACAAGUGAUGAGAACCUGCCAGUGGUGCAUUUACCAGCAUAUACAUCCAGAGAGCAGGCUUCAUUCUGCAUUCUCCUGCCCUUUGCAUCAUCAUGUCCACUAGUGCAAAGGGAGGGAGAAAUCCAACCCUUCUGAUCUGCAAAGAGUCUGAGUGAGAAUACAAGGUGGAGUGCAAGGAGAAAGGGUUGUCUUCUUCGUUCUGAUUUGUGUGCAGAUGUGCGUGUUCACCAGCGUACAGACAUGGGAGCAGAUCCUCAGCUGGUGUAAAUCAGCCUGGCUUUGUUAGUCAAAAAAGCUGUGCCAAUGGACCCCACUGAUCAUAUACAUACACACACUUGCCUUGGAUCAUGUCAUGUCUGUUUGUGUGCACAAUCAUAUCUCUAGAUUGGUAGGUAGAGAUAUUACAGACAUACACACACAUUUGCCUCUGACAAUGUAUAUUCAUGCAUAUAGACCCCGCAUCAGGAAAGCAUCUCAAUUCAGCAAAGCACUACUUAACAUUAAGCAUGUGCUCAAAUCCCACUGAAGUCAAGCACAUGCUUAAGCACUUUCCUGAAUCAGAGCCAUAGUGUAGUAUAGAUGUGAGCUUUCCCUUCCACCUCUGCCGAUUGAAAUCAGUGGAGACAGACUGCUGUGAGAGAGAGGAGAGUCAGACUCUCUACAUUCCCACAGUCACAUAACAUGGAAUAGAAAUAACCAUGUGAACACAAAAGCCCAAGCAGAAUCCUGUGAGUGGGAGAGAGAGAUCGCUGGCUGUGUGUUCCAGUAACCUUUGUUUUCUUGGCCCCUAUCCAGUCACUUCCCACCACUUGCAUUUAUGUACAUGAUUAUUGCUCUCACAUUCUUUGAAUGUAGUCCAGAUAACGAGUUCAAAACUCUUCAUUCAAAUGUAGUCUCCUCCAAAACUCUCACAAACACAAAUGCAUAAGCACACACGCAUGCACACACAUACAUGUGCACACCUCUUGGCUACCUGAUUUCUUCUCCUGCUUAAAGAGGGAGCUAAUGUUCCACUCUGAGGCGCUGAUUCCAGUUUGAAGGAAUAAUUUGUGUCACGCAUGUGUUCGGUAUCAGCAGGGGCUCUCUGGGAUUGGCCUAAUUAGCUUUAGUGAUGGGGGAAGCAAAAUCCAAACCAUGUGCUAAAGCCGUCUUCUAAAUUUAAUACAAGUAGUUUCAGAUUGACUUUUGACCCCUCUACCCAAAAAGAUUGGUGUCUAAAAGUAUCUGUCUCUUUAAUCAGCUGCUAUUCCUUUCCCCUGCUUGCCCCAAACACACACACACAUUGUUUCAUUCAGAACUCUCUUUUUUGAUGGUUUCAUAGUUUUUAUUGUUUCAUUUCCAACCAGUUUGAUGGUUUCUGAACUUGAUCACAGCACACAGAGCUGUGUGCAGCUCUUUGUGUUGUGUCUCAAUUUGCCUGUCUGAAAGAUGGAGGCAAUCACAGGUCCUUACCUGUGUGCUAUGAGCAUCGGCUGUGUGCUGUGAGACGUCAUCUCAUGGCUCUUUCCAUAAGAGGAUGGGUUUGCCAUAGGGCCAAAUUUUCCCUUUCAUCCAGUGCUGCACAGCAUGCUUGUCUGCUGAUCGGCCGUUUCCUUCACCUCAGAAAUGGCUACACACUGUCGAUAUUUAUAUCCAUACAGCCCAGCUCCUCAGCUGCAGAUGAGAUUCACAUGGCAUAACUCGAGUGGACUGCAUCACCUUUGCACACCCCCUGACCCUGGGCUGGCUGUGCAUUGGGAUGGUCCCUGUGAGGGCUGCUUUAACCUGCACCAGCUGCCAAUAGUCUGAAGGGGCCUAAGCAACAGCUGUGGACCACUGGGGUGCAAGGAUGCCCUGGCACCAUCUCCAGUGCUGGCCACAGGGAGGUGGGCUGGCAUAGAGACAUUUUGUCAAUUCUGCACCACCUAAGGAUGCCCACCCUGGGGUGAUCCUCCAGUAGGCCAGCUGUUUGCAGUGCUCCACCAGGAGAAGCUGGGCCAGGGAGUGUGAAGCACUGGACUUUGACUGGGAGCCUUGGAGAAGGAAGGCACUAUGCCUUGCAAAGGGAAACACCUUCCCUCACAGGAGGAGGAAGGACAGGCAGGGCAUGGGGUGGGGAAACCUGCCACUGUCAAGUGAUUGUGAUGAGCCGCUGCAGAGCAAACACAGCCUGGGCCCUGCAGCUACUCUCCUCUCAGACACACCAGGGCAGCUCACAGAGACUUCCAGCCAGAGCCUCCAUGAAUGUCAAUCUUCACUGACUUCAGGGAUGCUAUGCUGAUUGACACCCUCUGCGGAUCUGUCUCAUUGUCAUCAGCAGAGCUAUGCCCAUUUAUGCCAGCUAGGAAUCUGACCCAUUGACCCCAAUGGAGCUACACCCAUUUACAUCACCUGGGGAUCUGGCACUGCAGGUCUCAGAAUGCAACACUCUGCCUUGAUCUGCACAGUCAAGGUAUGAAAGGUGAGGAUGGCUGCAAAGGGCUCUAGUUGAUGUAAAGUCAGAGCAGCCCAUGAGCUCACUGUGAUUUGCCAAAGCUGGGCACAGUCUGGGUGCUGAUGUUAUAUUGACAACUCCAAACAAAAGGGAUCAGAGGCUGUUCAAAACUGUUCCAGCCUGGACUUCUGUGAACUACACUGGCUAACAGCAGCCAGUAGGGAGCACUGUGCUGUCCAGGGAUCAGCAGGAGCCAUGCCCCUCAUCCCUAGCCAUGCCUCUCAUGCAAGGAGGUGGCUUAGUGGUGCUACAGCGGCCCCUACAUAACCCCAGGACCUCUAAGAAUGUGUUUCCCCUAGUGAUGCAAAGACCCUUCAGCAAACCAAAAACUUGGCCAUGAGUCUGACUCCACCCCAUCUAACUCAGCGACGGGUGGUUUUCCAGCAGCAGGUUCAUGCUCUUGUUGGUGAGGCAAAGUAGGGAAGCCCAGGACUGAGAGAUCCUGGUGCUGAAAGAAAAGGAGUACUUGUGGCACC